UUUCUUGUGCGUCGGAGGAUACCCAAAACGAAACGUCUCCGUGUCCGUGAGCAUCCACACCUCCACUCAGCGCACCAGUUAUUGCUGCACUAGCCAGUAGCCUGCCGAGUGCCGACGACUCGCCGGCGUGCGGUGCGGCGCCCUCGUUGCAAGCAAAGCAAGCGCAGGCGCAGUACAAACAGCAGGAGCACCUCAUCGCACGCAGAGGGACCAGAUAUGCUCUCUGCGCUCCUCGGCGGCUACCUGACCGCCUACCCGCCGCCGCCUCUCCCACCCGCAACAGCAGCAGCACCAAGCCCGAGCGCGCGUCUCCCGGCUCCCUUCCCUGCUCGCCUCAGGCACGCGUCCCUCCACGUCGCCCGACGGCGCGCGGCGGGGGCGGGGGAGGCGCUGAGCGCGUCAACCGCCUCGGAGGGCGACGACGAGUACGAAGCGGCGGCGGCGCUGCAGGAGGAAGGGUUCCCGAGCUGGACGGGCGGCGGCGAGGAGGAGGAGGAGGACUACGACCACGACCCCGAAAUCGGAGACAUUAUGGGGGACUAUUUCGACGACCCCAAGAAGGCCCAAACCCGCAUGGAGGAUAGGAUAAGAAAGAAGCGCCACAAGAUCGUGCAAACCAAGACCGGCUCGCCCAACCCCAUGAAGGUCGUCUUCAACAAAUUUGACUUCUCCAAUUCAUAUAUAUGGUUCGAGUUCUACAAUGCUCUGUUGCCAAAAGAUGUUACCUUAAUUUCUGAUUCUCUGCGAUCGUGGCAUAUAGUUGGCCGUCUUGGUGGCUGCAAUUCUAUGAAUAUGCAGUUCUUGUUUAUUUUACAGUUAUCGCAGUUGCCUUUAGAUUGUAAAAGGCCAACUUAUGAUGCUCUUGAAGGAGCUAACGUCACUCCGACGUCCUUUUACAACAUUGGUGAUCUUGAGAUUCAAGAUAAUCUAGCACGAGUAUGGGUAGACAUUGGCAUUCAUGAGCCAUUGCUUUUGGACAUCCUGCUUAAUGCCUUAACAACGAUAAGUUCAGAUCAUGUUGGUAUUAAGCAAGUACAGUUUGGAGGGUUAGAGUUUUUGAACUGGAGUGAGGACUUGAAAACAGAAGAAGUUGGAUAUAGUGUGUGCAAAAUCUAAAAUAGCACGAUCCUGAGAUUUGCAUAAGCAGCUACUGUUUUAGCUAAAACGCAAAUACAGCAUCUGGUUCCAGAACGUAGGGUUUCAACCACCUUGAUCCUGCAAAUGAGAAGAAAAAUGGUGACAACACAAUGGAUGAAAAGUUGAUGUCCAAGCAUAUGAACUUCUGAAAAGAGGUUGCGGUCCUUACAGGACUCUGCAAGCUACUCAUCAUUGGUAAUCCUUUUGGAUGCAUGUAAUAUCCCAGGUCCUCUGAUGUACAACGUCUGGAUUGUUACUCCACAAUCUGACACUAGCUGGUAGGUGAAAACUUGUAAAAUUAUGUUUUCUUAGGGCUUGUUUGGUACAGCUCAGUUUCACUGCAAAUGAGAACAAAAAUGGUGAGAACACAGUAGUUGAAAACCUGUUGCGGUUUGCGUUUAUCGAUAUGCAUAAAUAUAGUUCUUGUGAAACAA